UCUUUCCAUUUAUCAUUUUGGGUCAUCAUCACUCAUCACCAUUUGCUUGCUUCACAUACACAUAAACAAAAAACAAAACAGUACCUUUUUUUUUUUGUAUGUUUCAUAUGUAACUGUUUCAAUUAAUUCCAAUGCCUAACGUUACCCUUUUGAAUGAAUGAAGUAUAGAAAGUGGAAAGUUAGAAGCUUUAAUUGUUAUUGAAGGUGAAAGGAAGAGUGGUGGUUGGAUUUGAAUCAAACCCAGAUGGAUUUUUCUUCUUUCUUAACCUCUCUUGGUACUUCCUUUUUGAUAUUUAUUGUUUUGAUGAUUUUGUUUGCUUUGUUACAAAGUAAACCUGGGAACAAUGUAGUUUACUACCCCAAUCGGAUCCUUAAGGGUUUGGAUCCAUUUGAAGAUGGAUACAAGACACGUAACCCUUUCUCUUGGAUCAAAGAAGCUUAUUCUUCUUCUGAAAAAGAUGUUAUUGCUAUGUCUGGUGUUGAUACUGCUGUUUACUUUGUCUUUCUCAGCACUGUAUUCAGUAUCCUAAUUUUAUCCGGCAUUAUUCUGCUACCGGUUCUUCUGCCUGUUGCUAUAACUGAUGUUGAUGGAAUGACAAACACAACUAGCAAAGGGACAUUCGAAGAACUUGACAAGUUAUCAAUGGGACACAUCACAGCAAGGAGUGCAAGGUUGUGGGCAUUUUUUAUUGCUUGCUAUUGGGUUUCACUUGUUUCGUUAUUCCUCUUAUGGCGGGCUUAUAAGCGCGUGUCAUGGCUGCGAUCUGAAGCUCAAAAAUCUCCUGAUGUGAAGCCUGAACAAUUUGCUAUAGUUGUGAGAGACAUCCCUCCUGUUCCUGUCGGUCAGACUAGGAAGGAACAGGUUGAUUCUUAUUUUAAAACCAUAUAUCCCGAAACAUUUUACAGAUCUAUGAUCAUAACAGACAACAAAGAGGUGAACAAGAUUUGGGAGGAGUUGGAAGGGUAUAAGAAGAAGCUUGCCCGUGCCGAAGCAGUAUAUGCAGGGUCGAAAACAACUGCGAAGCCAGAAGGUACAAGACCGGCCAACAAGACCGGUUGUCUUGGACUUAUUGGUAAAAAGGUGGAUAGUAUAGAGUAUUGCAACGAAAAGAUUAAUGAAUUGGUUGUGAAAUUGGAAUCUGAGCAAAAGGUUACUAUCAGAGAAAAGCAGCAAAAUGCCGCACUCGUCUUUUUCUCAAAUAGGGUGGUUGCAGCAUCUGCAGGUCAGAGUUUACAUGCACAAAUGGUUGAUACAUGGUCAGUCUUCUCUGCUCCUGAACCGCAUCAACUACUAUGGCCUAAUUUGAAAAUCAAGUAUUUUACAAGACAACUGAGGCAAUACUUGGUAUAUUUCAUCGUUGCACUCAUGAUAUUCUUUUACAUGAUUCCCAUCACAUUUGUAUCUGCGUUUACAACGUUGAAGAAUUUGGUGAAACUUCUCCCGUUCCUAAAGUCAAUUGAAAAAAUAGUGGUUUUGAGGACGGUGCUGGAAGCUUAUCUCCCUCAAAUUGCACUCAUCAUUUUCUUGGCUAUGUUACCCAAGUUGCUUUUGUUUUUGUCUAAACUAGAGGGCAUUCCAACUGAAAGCCAUGUGGUCAGGGCUGCUUCUGGAAAAUAUUUUUAUUUUACGGUGCUGAAUGUUUUCAUUGGAGUUACUUUAGGUGGAACCUUGUUCAGCACAUUCAAGACAAUUCAGAAUGAACCAAAACAAAUAGUGUCGUUGCUAGCUGAAAGCCUCCCAGGCAAUGCUACUUUUUUCUUGACCUACGUGGCCCUGAAAUUUUUUGUUGGCUAUGGCCUCGAGCUGUCCCGAUUAGUUCCUCUUAUUAUGUACCAUUUGAAGAAAAAGUAUCUUUGUAAGACCGAGGCCGAGUUGAAAGAAGCUUGGGCUCCCGGAGAUCUUGGUUAUGCAACAAGAAUUCCCAGUGACAUGCUGAUUGUCACAAUUGUUUUAUGUUACUCUGUCAUUGCCCCUCUUAUAAUUCCAUUUGGUGCUGUAUAUUUCGGCCUUGGAUGGCUUGUACUGCGAAAUCAGGCACUCAAAGUCUACGUACCAUCAUAUGAAAGUUAUGGAAGAAUGUGGCCUCACAUAAACAACCGUAUACUAGCAUCUUUGAUAUUGUACCAGAUAACCAUGUUUGGGUACUUUGGGGUGCAGAAAUUCUACUAUGCACCAUUGUUGAUUCCUCUUCCAAUACUGUCAUUACUCUUUGGUUUCGUCAGCGCAAAGAAAUUUUAUCCCGCUUUUCAACAUCCGGCACUUGAGAUCGCAGCUCCAGGGCUCAAGGAAGUUCCUAACAUGGAAUUGAUUUUCAGGUCUUUCAUUCCACCAAGCUUGAGUUCUGAGAAGGUUGAAGAUGACCAGUUCGAAGAUGCACGGUCUCAAGUAUCAAGAUCAACAUCAUUUGUUUGAUUACAUGAAUUUCCACUGGCUUUUACCUGUUAUAGUUGUAGCUGUCUUGUAGCGAAGUGAUGCUUUUAGAUAUAUUUUAUUAAUUGUUGAUAUAACAAGUUAUAGGAAUUAGGGACUGCUUGUGAAUGUUUAUGUAAGGUGAGAUUUGUUGGUUUGGUAAUACUGUUAUCAUUAUACACUGUUCCACUUGUAAUAGCUGUGAAGUUUGUUUGUGUUCUCUGUAAUUCAAGGUUUCCUUCUGAACUUUAGUCAGAACUGAUUACUUUUCAAAAAAAUUUAAUCAUAGAAUUGAUGACUUUUCA